AUGCGAAUACUUGUUAGGAGACGCAAAACUGAGCCGUUAUCAGUUCAUAUAUGUCGUGUUUUAGCUGUCAUCCUCAUCUUGAUUCUCUUAUGUGGAUAUGCAGUUUUUCUUAUACUUGGCGUUCUCCAUGAUACACCUGUCAUAACCACAAAGGUGCAAACGUUAAAAGACGGACUGCCCCUUCCAACGUUAUGCGUUUACGGUGGCUAUAACUUCAAUAUAAGUUGUACAUAUACAAAAUUUGAUAUUAAUGGUACUUACUAUCCCGAUGAUGGAUGCAACAAGUUCAUUAGCUUUUCGGCUAAUGUUGCAGAUGGAACCUACAACGCAAACUUUACACCCACGCUUGAUUUAAAAAUAUUGCCCUUUGAAGACGCUAAUGAAGGAAUAGUACGCAUAGAUUUUCUAAUAAUCAUUACUGAUUUGAGUUUCAACAGGACUGACUCCUUUAAUGGUAUGGUCGUCAAGAUGUAUGACACAGAUACGUUGAUGAAAAUAAACAGCGGAAUCAUUAACAUUGACGAAAUCAACAAAAUCGAUCCAAACCUUAUCACAUCUACACUUGGAGUUUUCUACCACCAACAAACUUUUAUACGCUAUUCUCGUAAUAUGAAAAAAAUAAUUAAACCUUCCACACUCGCUGAUUUUGAUAUUUUCCCGAAAACUAUUUCUGUAGGAUAUCCGAGUUCAAGGUUCUUUGGUAUUGGCACUUCGGACAACAACGGCACCCAAAUAGACUCUUAUACGUUUGGAGCAUUUGUGAUUGAAGCUGACAACCAUUCUCUUAGAAUAGAAACCGAACAAAGGUAA